UCAUUUUGCAAAUUCACACAAUUAAUCGAUUCAGAUAACCUUUCACAUUUUUCACACACUAACCUUAAAUCCUUCAUUAAUCGAUCCUAAAAGUGGUAUCAGAGCCUAGGGGAGUAUAUUUAAGCUACAAUAUCAUGUUUUUGGAGUUGAUUUUGAUCCUUUUCAGCUGCGUUUGAUUCGGUUAUGUGAUUACAAGAGGAUUAAAUCGUGAUUUCAGAGUGGGAAGUGGUGCUGGAAUUGAACAUAUUUCAACUCGGAGAAUACAAAGGAUGACGGUGUUGAAGAGGUAUGUGCUGAGGUUGUUCAUGUCAUUAAAAUACGUUACUGCUAAUGUAGUGGAUAGGAACAAUGGGCGAAUAGUUGCAACAGCAUCAACAGUUGAACAUUCUAUCAAAAACUCACUUGAGUGUGGUAGAACCUGCAAUGCAAAAGCUGCAACAGUUGUGGGUGAGGUGUUGGCUAUGCGGCUUAAGGUAGAAGGUCUUGAAUCUGGCCAAGAAAGAGGCAUUCAUGUUGACGUGAAUAAAGAGCUUGAGAAAAAAGAUUUCAAAAAUCGAACCAAGGUUUGGGCUAUUAUCAAUUCUCUUAAAAGCAACGGUGUCAGGCUCAUUCUUGACGAGAAUAAUGAUGCUUCUCGGCUAGGUUAAGCCUUUCUGCUAUGACUUGUUUAGCCUGGUACUAUUUGGUCCACAAAACACAUCAUCGGUUUGAUCUUUGUUUAAAAAAAAUUUUAGAAUGGAAAAGCUAUAUGUUAUGAGUGAUGACUACUGUGCAGAAGCUCGGCACUUAAGAAUAAAUACCAUGAGUGAU